GUCAUGUAAAAGCAGCCUUUGGAUUUUGUGCCUUGAGCUGUUGAAGCGGGCUGCACAAGCUGAGAGGUGAAGAGCCCUGGGUGUGGCCAGCAGCAUCUUCCUAGGGGCUUGCAUUUGAAAUGGAAUGGGGGCAUCUCUGCCAGGCUCAUUUGUGACCCAAAUUCAUUUCUUGUCCCAGAGCUCCAUCUCCUCUGUCCUGGCACCUGCACGAGCUGCAGCUGAAGGCUCGGGAGAAGGCUCCAGUGCCCAGGCUGGAAGCUCAAGCACGAGCAGCUCGUGCACCUGGAGCACGACCAGCUCGUCUGGCAGCAGAGAGCAGCAGCGAGAGAGGACAGAGGACAAGUGCCUGGCCAUGCUGAAGAUGCUGGUGAGCGAGGGAGAUCCUGAGGCUAAAUACACAGAACUGGAAAUUCUUGGCAAAGGACUGCGGGGGAGAGUGCAGCUGAUAACAAAACUCUGUGCUCCCUCUUCUCCUGGCCCCUACUGUCUGAUCCCGUCUUGGAGGCACAGAAUAUAACAUCCAGCAUAAACAGAACAAAUGACUGGGGAAACAAGCAUCAUAACGUCACCCCAGAACAGAAGCCAAAUGUACAAGAUGUCGCCAGAAAAGUGGAGUCCUUCCAGUGUCUGUUGCAUCGAAGAGAAGCAGCUGCCAAUGGCUCUGGACCCAGAACAUAGCUGCCUAAGGACCCUGUGUUUUGAGGAUUUCUCCAUUUGUGUGCAGCAAUGGAAGCCUUUGCCUGCUAUGGCUGUGGCUGGACACUACUUUCCUUGCAAUCUGGAGAAGGGAUCUGUGUCUAGAGGCUUUCCUCCAAUGGCUGUUACAUGGCUUCAGGCUUCUCAGAAAAGCCUGAGUGGUAGUGCUUGAGUUUGGCAGACAGACUCCAAGGAGAGGUGUAAGAAGACCCAACGGGCAUAUUCCUGGAAAAAUCCGACACAUGCACAGCUAGAGAAAGAGAAAAGGGAGAAAAGACCCAGAGAAGAAUCUGUCAUGUUCCAUUUACUCUUUGCUCCAGGACUUUGUUCCUGUUGGACUGCAGUGUUUUGCACUAGCAGGGACUAAAGGACUUGUUCUUUCUCUGCUGCUGUUUUGUUUCUAGGGGUUUCGGCACUGUGUGCAUGGCAGUGGAGACUGCCACAGGAGAAGAGGUGGCCAUCAAGAAAAUUAGUCUCCUGCAAGAGAGCAGCAGCGAGCUGUGCCUGAAUGAAAUCCAGGUCAUGCAUGGCAGUAAGAAUGCCAACCUUGUGAACUAUGUAGACAGCUACCUGGUGGAUGAGGAACUCUGGCUGGUGAUGGAAUACAUGGACGGAGGUUCUUUACAUGAUGUCAUCAGGGAGACUCGCAUGGCAGAAGGAGAGAUAGCAACUGUCUCUCGGGAGUGCCUGCAAGGCCUGGAUUUCCUGCACUCCAAGCAAGUGAUCCACCGAGAUAUCAAAAGCCACAACAUUCUCCUGGGCUUGGAUGGAUCAGUCAAGUUGGCUGAUUUUGGCCUUGCUGCUCAGCUCACCACCGAGCAGAACAAACGGAGAUCAGCUGUUGGAACAACUUACUGGAUGGCGCCAGAAAUUUUCACCAGGAAGCCCUAUGGCCCCAAAGUAGACAUCUGGUCCUUUGGCAUCGUGGGGAUCGAGAUGGUGGACGGAGCGCCUCCGUACCUGAUGAAAACCUCCCGCACGGUUCAACAGCUGAUAAGCACCGGGGCCCCCCCGAAGCUGCAGAAGCCCAGGCAGCAGUCGGCGUGGCUGCGAGACUUUCUGCACUGCUGCCUGGAGAGGGACGAGGACAGGCGCUGGUCUGCCCAGGAACUUCUGCAGCAUCCAUUUGUAAGAUCAGCCAAGCCAGCCUCCUCCCUGACGCCUCUGAUCAUGGCCACGCAGGAGUUCAUGGCCGACAGGAGAUACUAGCCCUGGAGGAGGCCUUUGUUGUUGUUUGUUGUUUGAAGUUUGUAGUUUGUAGUUUAUAGCUUGUAGUUUGUAGUUUGUUAUGAGUGAUAGUCAGAAUAAAUACUGUAAUAAAUAAAUAAACCCUUUGUGUUGGAAGCUUCCUUUUGUUCUCACCCUGUGAAUAAGCUCUAAAUUUGCUUCUGAAUGGUCAAGUGUUUCUG